GAAGCAGAGGAGAUGCAUUUGAAGGCCAUCUCCAUCAAGGAACAGCUUUUGGGGCCAGAGGACUAUGAGGUGGCCCUAUCUGUAGGCCAUCUGGCAUCCCUGUACAAUUAUGACAUGAUGAAGUAUGAUAAGGCUGAGCAACUCUACUUAAGAUCCAUUUCCAUUGGAAAGAAAUUGUUUGGUGAAGCAUAUUCUGGCCUAGAGUAUGACUAUCGAGGGCUCUUGCGUGUAUAUAGUGUUCAAGCUAAUAUGGAAAAGUGUUUCAAAUACCAGAAUGUUUUGGCAUAUUGGAAGUUAUUGCGUGAUGAAGCACAGGAAACACAGACCUCUCCCUUCAAAGAACUCACAGAACCUUUACGGGUCAUUGACACUCUGAACCAGUUCAUGGCCCUGUAGGAAUAUAUCUACUGGACCUAAGUAUUAAGUGCAUCAGUGCAAGACUGCAGCUGAUAAUGUUAGAAAUCAAAAUGGUUUGCAUACAAGACCAUAAGUUUUGCUAUGACCUCACACCUUAGAUAAUAAACAGAAAUGCAUAUUGACCAUGAAGUGUGCAGUUGGCCCUCUCUCCAUUAAGUCUGUUCACCCCUUCUUAGGUGCUGAUCUUUCAUAACCAUCUGCCAUUUUAUAGUUCUUGUGUGAAUUUGAAGUUUAUUGUCACACAUCAUGCAUAAGGAUUUUUCAGCCAGAUAUGAUGAUAGCCAUGACAUUAAGUUAAAGCACAAUCACAUACAGUUUUCUCUGUCAGUGAUUUAGGAGAAUAUUUGGAAGGAGGAGAAUCUCUCAUGCAAUAAAGAUCACUUGUAAAGUUGUUAAUGAUAUUAAGGAUCAAAUAUCAGACAGAACACAAAUAGAAAGAAUGUAAAGUCUGCAUUAGAAGGUGAAUAUUUAUAUGUUGUUAAUCUAAAUGAACAUACAUGAUUUGUUAAAGAAUGAUUGUUGUAAGCAAUAAAAACAUUAAUAAGGAGGGAGAGUGUAGCUGUAAAUCUUUGUCUCAAUUACUGUUAUGUGUCAGUGUAUGGAGCUAACUGAUUUUAAUAGAUGACAUGGGAUAGUGCAGGAUUACUGAAAAGUGUUGAGUAAAAACUUGCUGCUGGUACAAGUUUACAAUAGUUUGCAAAAAUUGAAUGAUUAUUAAAGUUUUUUCUACUACUACCAUUUAUCCUCAAGGGAAGAGAGAUAUACUGUAUGAGAGUGAGCAGUAUAUUGCUAAUUUAUGAAUUUUAUUAUGUAUAGGUGUGAAAGUUGCUUGAUAAAGCCAGCAUUUUGUGAAUUAGUAAACCAUGUUGUUUGUAUCAUAAUAAUUUUUGAUUUGUAUGAUUUGAAAUUUAAUAUAUAUAGUUUUAAAGAUCAUUAUUUAUAUAUAUUUGAUUAUGAUAGGUAUAUUUCUUCAGUUCUACAUAUUGAAACAGAAUCCCUGAUGUUCACUCAUGAAUCAGUUUUAACAUUUCCAAGUUGACAUGUGGUGUCUUUUUAUCAGAUCUCUAUUUAAUAGAUAGAACUUGAAUAUUUGAUAUCUUACACUAUUUGGAAAUUGAAAACAUCAAAUAAUACGUGAGUAGUAUGGUUUUAAGAUUUGCAUUGAUACAAGAGGGCUUGUUACAAUUCCUAGGUGUGAAUCUACCUUCAGGAGAGGUCGCCUGUAAAUAUGUGUAUAGUUCAUACUGCUGCUUAUGGCCCCUCCAUUUUUGUAUGUGAUAAAAGAUGAAUUUAUGCGAAUCAGGGCAUCGUCUCAAAAUGGAAAGCAGUUUGAAGGGAAAUUUGUUGUACAAGAUUGCAGAUGUACCAUGUGGUUUGUAUACGGUGGAUCUAGUUAUGGUAUGGAUGUAUUUUGCUUUUUGAAGAUGCAUAUUGCAAGGAUUGUACUAAGGUAAUUUAUGGGAAUCCAGAAACUUUUUAGUGUUUUUUGGUGACAUUUACAUCAGAGUUAUUUAUCUUUCAUAUUAUUAAUGUUAAGGAUCAUCACAAAUUGUUUGUAAGCAAAUUUAUUUUUUCUUUUACAUCCAUGUUUAAGAUGGAUGAAAAACUUGCAAGCUUUACGUGUGUGAUAUGCUUUUAUCAAGGACUGAUUGUAUUCACUUUAUUGGGGUACCUUUUUCUGAUGGCUAGAUUAAUACAGGUAAUGAAGCACCAGUGUUUCAUUGCCUUUUUCAAUUACCAUCAUAUGACAGUGCCAGGAUUUUUUUUUUCUUUUCUUUUCUUUUCUUUCAUUAGCUGUCAUGACAUGGAGAAUGUGGAAAUGUUUCUUCAGUGUCAUUUCUUUUGUAAUGAAACUGGAGGGUUGUUUUUUGUACUCAGGUGAUUCGGGGUGAUCUCAAUGAUAACUAGAUUUGUGGAGCUGUUAGUGGAACAAUAGUUAAUAAUAAUUAUUGAUUUUCAGUAAAAGCAGUCAGAAUCGUUGACAUCAUUCUCUUGGGAUAACAACAAUGAAUUUCAGUAAACCAAAUAUGAAGUUUUGGACCUAAAGCAGAUUUUAGAUUUAAUUUAUUCAAGAUUUACUCUAUAAAUACCCUUUUCUCUAUUAAUCCAAUGAAAUACAUCUCAACUUGAAAAUUACCGGUAUUUAUUGUUAUUAUCUUAAAAAUUUAUGUGUAUAUAUAUUUUGGUUAUGCCAUUGUGGCCAAUUUUUCAUUAUGGUACUUGCUCAUUUGAAGGCAGCAGCUUUUUGAUCUGUGUAAUAUCAGAUGCUAUAUCACAACAGAUGGUGUGCUAAGCAGAGGUCUUAUUUUAAUUUUGAAAUUUUAAACUUCUCUCAGAUAUGUUCUCUUGUUCAUAUAGUUUGUUUGAUACUUUUUUUUCUAAUUAAACAUAAUGAAGAUUUUAAUGCUUAGAAAAAGGGUGUGAGUAUAAGAACAGAUCUGUAGGUAGAAAAUAAUUGUAUAGUGGUAAGGCCAAUGGGAAAGUGAAAGGAAGUGUACAUGCAUUUUGGUGACAGAACAUAGGGGAAUACUAUCACUUACAGUUCUGUGCAUAAAUAUCAGUUAAGGCUCUUAUGAAGUAGCAUAAGAACUCCCAUCAGUAGACUGCAUAAAAGGAAAAACAAUUACUACCCAACAUUUUCAACUUCUAUCUUUGUAGCCAUUUCUGUGCACCAUUGUUUUGCCGUAGAUAUAUAUGCACAUAUUAACUGUUGAGUGAGACCCCCAGUCAGUAGCACAUGCUAGUGGUCAAUGGUAAUACCCAGCUGGGUGUAUAAGGCAGAGUGUAUCAUUGGAAUACGCUUUUACUCACAUACAGAUUUAUGAGAUUGUAAACUAAAGAGUGUAUGCAACAGUAAUAAAAGAAGUUUAUCUUGAUAUUCUUUUUAAUUGUACAAAGGAAAAUUCCAGUUUCAAAUUCAUAUUAAACUAAUACUGAGUGACAUUGUAUGUGUCUGGCAUUUUCUAGAAGAUAUUUUGAAAUAUAAUUCUCUUAUGUAAAUUGGGAAAUUAAUCCUAGUGCAUGGACAAUUUCAAAAUUUGAUUUUUAUCGAAUCGUUCCCUCAAGAAUAUAAAUUAAAAAUUAUUUAAAAUAUAAUUGUAGUUCUUAAUGCUGCAUUUACUUUAAGAUACAGUUGAGAGCUUGAGUACCUGCAGUCAGUGCAAUUCUACCCCUACCACCUGAUUGUAGUCCUUGCGGUGCUUUUGCUCAUGUCCAAAAGCAUGAGUAGUAUGCAAUAAAAAUGCAGUUGA